UCAGUUCAGUUCAGAUCGGUAUCCCGAGUGGACAGGAUUUCCUAGCGCUGGGUCUGGCUUUAGUCAACAGUAGUGGUUGGUAUUUCACGGGUUUUUGCCUCGUUGCCGUUUCCAACGAAUUGGAAGUGAUCCUGUGUGAAAUCUCACAGAACCGCAUUACAUACCUCGAUGGCGAUAAUCAUUAAAUGAGUGUGUUAAGUGCAAGUAUCCGUUUUCAGCAAGGAAAACUUUUCGCAAAAGCACCACGUCAGCUGUGAAGAAAGAUAUGUGCAUAUGUGAAAAUAAGUGAAGCAAAAUUUCUCCUCCAGCAAUAUCCGGCCGUAAUACGGAGAGCAGGAAAAAGGCAGAAAAAAAAAUCAGAACCAAGCAAAUGUGCGCCAAAGUUGUGUACUGCGUGGUUGUUAAAAUUGAAUUAUAACUUGGGGUAUAAUUAAAUCCAUUAAGCAGGAAAGCAAAGCAACAACUUAGAAAAAUACAGUGCAAAAGCGGCACACUCGGAAGAAUCGGCGGAAGUGUUCUCUCGAAGUUGGUGAAAAAGUGAUGCCGAAGAAAGAAGCCAAGGGAAAAGUGGCACAAAGUUCGUGAAUACUUUAUAAUCCCUCCCACAGUCGCAGGACCGGGGCGCCCACCUGCUGGUCUCAGCCCAUUCCGACCGGUGCCGAAGAGGAAAAUUUUAAAUGUUUGUUAAAAAUUCAUUGCUGCAGAUCAUAGCUACGCUACUUGUGGCUGUUCACAACAGUGGCGUGAUAUCCGGCACGUUUAUGAAUAAUGGCGCUGUGCGGUGUGGCACCUCGGCCGUUUGCCGGCCCGUUUCCGCUAUCUACACCAAGAGCCAGCAGGUCAACGGAUACGUCCACGUGGCCACGAUUCCGGCUGGGGCGUACAAUGUCACCGUAACUGAGCUGCAGAACAGUCAGAACUAUCUCGCACUCAAAUCGGGCGACCAUCAACGAUUCAUCAUCAACGGCGACUACACAAUCUCGCUGAGUGGAUUCUACCAGGGAGCGGGAACCAUUUUCGAAUAUCGUCGAGUGGAUGGUUUGAAUAAUGGUUCCACUAGCAGUUUCCGGAAAAUCGAAGGCGUCACCGAAUGGAUCACAGCCCCUGGACCGCUAUUGGAACCGAUUGAACUAUACCUUCUCUCGCAACAACCAAAUCCGGGGAUCAAGUAUGAGUACCUCAUGCCCAUCAAUACCAACCCUGUCGGAGAGCAAAGUUCUAGUGAAGACAAUCGAUUUGACGGUAUUUCAAAUGAAAUCUCCGAAAAGGCCAGCAUCCGCGUACCCAAGCAUCGAACGAUCAUGAACACUACGCUCCCUACCAGCACUACGAAACCACUUCGUAAGCGCAAAUUUCUGUGGAAGGUGGUUGGAUUCGGUGCCUGUAGCAAGUCCUGCGGUGGAGGUGUCCAACAACCCGUCAUAAAAUGUGUCCGCGAAGCCCCUACCCGAGUGUUCUCACCGAAACGAUGUGCCCAUCUGACUCAGCCUGUGUUGAACGAGAACUUACUUCGCUGCAAUACACAACCUUGCCCGGCUUACUGGAAGUUGUCCGAAUGGAGUGACUGCAACUGCGAAGAGAAACUGGGCGACAACGAUGCAUUCAAAAGUCGUGAGGUGAAAUGUGUACAGGAACUGAUAUCUGGCAUAGUUAUUCAAGUCAGCAGCGGAGCUUGCAUGGAAGAACAACCACCAGCAGCUGAACAGUGUGAAUGUGCCAAACAUUCCAAGCCAGACCCGGUAGAAUCUAGUAAGCACAGACCGACGGUCAUAAACCACCAUCACAAUCACAACCACCAUCACCAUCAUACCGGCCACAGUCCCCAGAACGACAUGCAGAGUACAAAUGGAUAUGGACGACAGAACUUGGAUGCUAGCCGAAUUAGCCAGAAAGUUGAACCGAAGAAAACCGGAGUUUGGUUGACAGCUAAUUGGAGCGACCGUUGUUCGGCAACUUGUGGCGUUGGGCUUCAAACCAGGUCGAUAUUUUGCGAUCGGAGUACGUCAACAAAUGCGGAACGAUGUGACCUGCGGUUCACGCCGGAUACUACCAGAGAGUGUACGAGUGAUCGGGCUUGCGAAUAUGGCGAAUGGUUCACCGGACCGUGGGGAUUGUGCUCCGGAGAUUGUUUCAAUCUAACUAAAUCACGAACGGUCCUGUGCAUCCGUAACGACAACUUUGUAGCCGAUACCGAAUGUGACGAGAGCGAGCGACCAAUUUCGAUCGAACCGUGUGAUAUCGAAACGAUCAGCGAUUGUAAACCCAGGUGGCACUUUUCGGAAUGGACCGAGUGCACCAAACCAUGCGACGGUGGCAAUCAGCGACGAGUGGUCAAGUGUCUCGAAUUUAAUCUACGAGAGAAAGUGAUGCAAGAAUUUGCGAGCUGUCGUUAUGCGGAUCGUCCCGAAGCGUAUCGAGUUUGCAACGAAGAACCAUGUCCGUCUACUACGGCUGCUAGUACUACCGUGGCAGCUGCAUCGAUGGAACCAUACAUUGACCCACGAGAGGACAUCGUCCAGAAUGAUGCCGGCUGUCGGGAUGAUUUCCCCAACUGCGGUAUUGUCCUGAAGGCGAAACUGUGCAGCUAUGCGUACUACAGCCAGGCCUGCUGUCAGACAUGCCGAAAUCGAUCGAACGAACUGUAUUAGUUUGAUCUUAUCAUCACGAGACGUGGUCGGAGUGAAUACUAGUGAAUUGUAGCGAUUGUAUUGACUUUAAGUUAUUACUGCCCUAAGCUGAAAGGAAUCCAGCCUACCGAGAAGUUUGUUCAAUCUCAGUUUAGUUCUAGAUUGUGUUAACAAAUCUCGCAAACUUAGAUGAAUCAAAACGCAGUGCAUUUACCUUUUUCGAAGAUGGAUAUUUAAGAAGUAUUUAACAUUAGUUGAAGGUAAUAAUAAGUGAAAAAAAACCGAAAUGAAUGUGACGAUUUCUAACUUUUAAUGUCCUUGGUAAUCGACGCUCGCAAUAUCAAAAAGAGCCAAAUCAUAUAUGUACCAGAACAGCCUAAAAUUCGACAUAUUCCAGCACUGGAACAGAAAAAAAACGUUAUUCUCACCAUAGUGUGUAAGUGCCAUACAAAAGUUUCAGACCAUAGGAUAUGUUAAACGCCAUUAAAAUUCGCUGUACACUUUCUCAAGGUGUCUCCUAUGACAAGAUGGGAUGAAGAAUUAAAUUUUAGUUACAAGAAGCAGACAGAUUGUGGAGAAUACUCCGAUGUCGGAGUUCCACUCGUAAAUUAAGAAAUCUCAAAUGUAUCAUGUAUUCAUGCGGCAGCAUUGAAGAAACUGUUGAUAGAAGAACAAUUAUUGCAAAAGUUGAUUGAUCAAUGCAUUUGAAUAAACUACUUAAACUAACAA